AUGACAGAAAAUAUUUCUAUCAUGAGUAUAAUGAACCCUCCUAAUGGAUACGUUUUUGAUGAAGUUAUCGGAAGUGGUAGCUUUUCAACUGUUUACAAAGGGCAUCAACUCCAAACAAACAAAACUGUUGCAAUUAAAGUAGUUAAGCGUAAUCGAUUAGAUGCUGAGUCUUCUCGUAAAUUUUAUUCAGAAGCAAGGAUUUUAUCCAAUCUAGUUCAUCCCCAUAUAGUUAGAUUCAUUGCUUUAAUGCAAGAUGAUGACUGCGAAUUUUUAAUAAUGGAAUACGUAUCUGGUGAAUCCCUGAGAGAUUUGCUCGAACGUAAGACCCAUUUGUCAGAAAAUCAAUCGCGUCGUUAUUUCAUUCAAAUUCUCUCUGCUCUCGAGUAUUUUCACAAUACAACUCAAUUACUUCAUCGCGAUCUCAAAGUAGACAAUAUUAUGAUCGAUCAUAGUGACAACAUUAGGAUCAUUGACUUCGGUUUGGCAGGAAAAUACGAUGAAAACGAUCCAAACAGAUUUUGUGGAUCACCAAAAUACGUUUCUCCAGAGAUAUAUAAAAGAGUUCCUUAUACCGAAAAAGCUGACAUAUGGAGCUUAGGAGUUAUUCUUUAUUUGAUGACUGUAGGAUCAUUACCAUUCAUUGCAGAUACUCUUCCAAUGCUUUCUUUCGCUGUCAGAGUUUCUGAACCAACAUUUCCGCCAACAAUGACUCCAUCUUUACGACAACUCUUAAUUUCAAUGCUUGAAAAGGAUCCAGAAAACAGGCCAACCAUUGAGAAGAUAAGAAUGUCAAGAUGGCUCAUGGAAAGACCAAGAUUACAAUCUCUUAUCUCCAACAAACCAAAUUCAGCAAAGACUUCUCCACAUGAUUCACCAAGAAACUCUGUUGACCCUGUUGACGCAAACAGUAUCGUUGAUAGACUGAUAAAAACAGGAAGAUUCAAAAGAGCCAAUAAAAUGCCAGUCUCAAGAAGCUCAAACGUUCAACUCCCUGAUUCAUACAGCGAAGAAAAAAACGAAACAAUAUCAUCUCGUCUUAGAGAAAUUGCAAAAUGCGAUGUCGCGAGGCAUAACAGCAUUCCUAUUGGUUCUCCUAAGCCAAUUAUGAAUACAAAUGAGUAG